AUGGCACAAGAAAGCAAGAAAAGAAAAUACAAUGAAGAUCUAACGCCAGAACAACAAGAAACUCCAUCGCCCAUCGUUUUCCUUGCACUUGGUGUCAAGGCUGACACACGAUUUACAGUGUUCAACCAGGAAUUCCAUUUACAUUCUUCCGGUCUCAAACAUCACUCGAAUUAUUUUCGCAAGUUUCUUGAUUCGGACGACAAGCAACCUGCACCCGCUUGUGCACUAUUCAAAUAUGACCAUCGCUCUGUCAUUGAUGAAGAUGGAGGCUGGGCUUUGAUGCCGGCUUCAGAUUCGCCGGAGAUAACAGAGCAACAGAUGACUCUUGUCGAUGGACCUGACGAAGAAAUUGAAUCCGUUCGAAAACUCCUUUGUGCUAUUCAUUCGAAGAAUUACAAAAUUGAGACUACAGACGAGCUCGAAAGACUCACACUCUCGGCUGAUUACUAUUGCGCUUUGCCAGUGGUUUCAGCAACCUUGACAGGUGCUUUGUUUAAGAGCAGCUUGUUUGAUGUCUCACCUACAAUAUACAAUACCGAAGCCUGCGUAUGUCAAGAUGAUUGUGUAACCUUGCUUCUUUUGGCCCGCAAACUUCGCCACGGAGUGCUUUUCAGAGAAUGUUUGAUCUAUACAGUUGGCAGAUGGGAUUCCCUCUCAGAUCUUGAGAAGGGGGUCAUCAAAGAAGACCAAGAGUUGUACAGACUGGUGCAAACCAAGCUUAGUAUCUUGUAUAAGCUUCUUGCCAAGACUCAAAGUGCACUGAUUUGGGCUCUUUGUUCGGAAACGGUCGAACUUAACAAGAUUAUCGAAUGUAAUUACUCGAAAGGAUCAAUCGGCGGAUGUGUUGCUAUGUACAGAUGUCUUUGUAAUGAGCAUUCAUUCGACCGUCUUUCUGGUGAGGAGGAAACAAAGGAGCUGGGUGAUCUUAUAUUAUCUCUGCUCAAAAAUAAUCUUGCUUUAGGCUGUACAGGUGAGGAUUCAGGGAAGGAAGAUGGGGCCUUUGAAGAAACAUAUCUAUGUACUGAAAUAGAAGAUGAUGAGUUACCUUGGGAUUUGGAGAAAAUGGAUUGGUAG